AUGGACAUUAUUAGAGAUAAUGACCUUGCUUAGAAAGACUUUCAAGAUAGAGACUUAAUUGUUUCAAUAGGUAAAAAUCACAAUGAAGCUAAUGGAUUGAUUCUUGAUACAAGCAGAGACAAUGAGGCUUUGUGCAAUAUCUCAAUUCCGGUGGAUCAGUGUGAGGCAGCUGUUGCUAAAAUGAUGACUAACUUGGAAGCAAACAAAUUUUAGCAAUUCCUGAGAAACAGGGCAUUAUUUUCAGUAGUUAAGACAAAGGCUAAACCUUAGAAUGUAGAAAAGUUAAUCCUUAAUGAGGUAGCUUAUGUAGAUGGUAGAGACAUGGGAUAAUUCAAAAGCAGUGGCAUUAUUAUCUCAACAGGGACAGGAUCAUCGGGAUGGCUAUUUUCAGCUAGAAAAAUCAAUCCAGAGGAUAUUCGAGCUGUACAACUUCUAUAUGGAUGUGAAGAAGUUUCUGAAUCUGUAAACAGGAAUCUAGCUUCAUUGAUAAACAGCACAUAUGUAUUUCCUUACGACUCAGAUUAGCUCUACUACUACGUUCGAGAGGGUUAUGUUCGUCAUGAUAACUCCUUCUCCUGGAGAUCAGAGGGUUUUUGCAAAGAAAUUAAGAUAGUCAACGAGAUUAUUGAAGGUCGCAUUCUUAUAGAUGGGUACUAUAAUUAUAGUCUUGAGAUCGGUGAAUAAUUCAAAAUUAAAACAGCCCCUGACAGGUCUCUUAGAUGUUUAAGGUUUUUGUGA